AACCUUUUUCCUGCGCUCUCCGGAAAUGGACUGAUAAACAUGGCGUCGCACAGAGGUGACAGAACGAGAAACCCUACAGUGAAUGCUGAAGAUGUUUCCAAAAUCGACCUUCUGCUUCACCCUGAGCUCCUUUCUCAAGAGUUCAUUCAGCUCAUGUUACAUGAGAGGAAGAUAGCAGUGGGUGACCAUGUGGACCGCGACCGGCUGACAGGUCUGUACCUACGACAUGUGCUUCCUCUCCCGCAGAGAGAUCUGCCCAGCAGCCGCUGGGGGAGGAGGAUCGAGAGGAGCAGAGGGCACAGUUCAAGCACUGAUACUGGCAGGAAGAGGCCGUUAAUUGUGUUUGACGGCAGCUCCACAAACACUGGCGGCGUGAAGCUGAAGAAAGCUGAUACUUCAGCAGCAACUAUCACCACAGACCGAAUAAAGCCCCCUGUUUCCAGCAUCAGUCUCGCAAACCCCAUUCGCAAGCUCACUGGGACCUCUACAAACUGCUCUUCCUCAAAUUCCUCUAGCAGGACACCAGUGUCAUCGCCAGGGGCCAGUCCCAAUAGCCCCUGUAAGCACUCAAACACUACCAACCUCUCGCCACAUUCAAACAACACCACGUCUAAACUAAAGCGCUCGUCCCCCAGCGACGGAGAACAUGACACUGCUAAGAACAUUAAGUCACCUGAUGCAAAGAAAAAGAUUCAGCACAUCACAUGGCCAUAAUCUCUGAUGUCAUCAAGGAUGGAUGGUUAACGUCUGUUGGGUCUCUGUGUUGGCCAUGAAAGGUACUCACGAUGGGGCACAUGAAUUUGAAAGAUGGGUUCUUGUCACUUACCUCAAGUUGUCACUCUUUACUUACCAGCCUCAGGAAAAGUGACUCGUGCAAUGUGACCCUCUGGUUGAUUUCACACCAGGAAAUGCUUUGGCUUUCGACUUAUGUAGUGGUGAAGGACCUGACACAUUCCUAGCAGUUUUAUGUUGGACUGCUCAGUUUUUUGCCAUUAGAAAUUUUUCUCGCAAUUAAUUAACUUUUCAUUGCACGUGAAUCAUGUUAACAAAUCAAACCCAACUAGAGGAAAUAGAUGGAUAUGCUCUUGGUGUGUUUUAGAGAUGUCUCCUGUGUUUUACUGACAUAGGAAUAUACCGAGUUGCGGAGUUGCUCUUUUCUCCAAUAAGAUGUUUUACAAGUUGAUCUGAGAUUUAGAUCGGAAUAGGCCUGUCAGUUUGGCCACUAUUAAAUAAAUCCCUUUAUGGUUUUUGUAUUUAUAGCCCCCCAUAGGGUCAAAAUGCAGUUGUGACGCGUGUUGCAUCAUGCAUUGAUGUAUUUAAGUGAGAAAGCAAAAUGAAGGGUGAUUUACGUGUCAGUGUUUAAGUGAAGGUUUUUCUAGGCAUUAUGAAUUGAGUUUUUAUUGAACGGCAUGGAAAGUUCCUCACUGACAACAAGCCUGAUGAAAUAAACGGCUGAGAGUGUUGAUCAUUGUGUUAGUGUGUUGUUUUUUUGUUUUUGUAUUACUAACACCUUAGUCGAUCUUAAGUGUGCUGCCGAAGUCCACAAAAUAAAAGUUUAUUAAAUAUUAA